UCUUGCACACCAGGAAAUGCUAUUGUGAAAAGUGUGCUUUUCAGGUCCAUGUCUAACAUUACUGACACUUUCUUUAAAAACUGCUUCUUGGACACAAGUUUUUCUACCUAGGAAGGAAGAAAUGGUUUUGAAAUUUAUAAAGGAAGCAACUUUCCUCUUCAUGACUGUGUGUGGCACUCUGGGAAACAUUUCUGUUUCUGUGAAUUAUAUGUGCAGUUGGUGGGGAGGGCCUGAGAAGAAACCCAUCCACCUUAUUCUCAUCCACUUGGCUUUUACAAACAUCAUAAUCCUUCUUGCAAAAAGAUUGUCAAAGACAAUGGCAGAUUUUGGUUUAAUAAGCUACCUAGAUGACAUAGGAUGUAAGAUCAUUGUUUACUUGGAGAGGGUGGCCCGUGGGGUCUCCAUCUGCACCAGCAGUCUCCUCACUGUGGUCCAGGCCAUCAUCAUCAGUCCCAGAACAUCUGGGUGGAGGAGGCUCAGACCACAGUCUGCAUGGCACAUCCUUCCAUUCUUUUCAUCCUUUUGGAUACUCAAUGCUUUAAUAGGUAUGAACCUAAUCCAUUCCAUCACAACUAUAAACCUGAAUAUAUCAGAGCUUAAGAAUAGUUACAGCUAUUGUCAUUUUAUGCUAGAAAGUCAUAAAACAAAAUGGAUUGUUCUCCCUUUCAUGAUCCUGAGAGAUGCUGUGUUUCAGGGAGCCAUGGGAGGGGCCAGUGGCUACAUGGUAUGUGUUCUCCACAAGCACCACCAGCAUGUCCUCUACCUCCAGAACUCCAAGCUUCUCUACAGAACUCCCCCUGAGCUGAGAGCUGCUCAGAGUGUCCUUCUUCUGAUGCUCUGUUUUGUUUUCUUCUAUUGCACAGAUUGUGUUGUUUCUCUAUUUUUAAGUCUCUCUUUAGUGGACAAUUCCUUAAUGGCAAAUAUUCAAGAAUUUAUGACCCUUGGCUAUGCAACGUUUAGCCCCCUUGUGUUGAUUCACAGGGGUGGACUUCUGCCUGAGUGUUGGCAUGCUCAGUAG